AUGCUGGGAGGAGCUGGCCUGAAAGGGCGUGGCGCUAUGCCUGCCAUUGCCCGGCAGCGAUUGACUGCCUUCUCACGCUCCAGUCGAUCGAUGUCUUCAUUCCGUUCCUAUGCCCCGGGAUUCCCUGUGCGAUAUGGGAGACUGAACCAAUCGCUUGCAGGAAACCUGUCCUGGAGGCCUGCCUCCUCCAUUCCUCAUGCGUCGGCCGCACGAUUCAAUUCCACCGCUGCCACUGCUACUGCCUCUGCUUCCACUGCAACUGCUGCAACCGCUGUAGACACAGCCGCACCCGAACAAGCAGCCGAUCUUUCUGACUUUGACAUCACCGCCAUUCCUGAGAAGAUUGGAUACUUGAAAGACCUAGGGCUCGACUAUGGCUGGGGCCCUUCGUCCAUGAUUGAAUACUUUAUCGAGCAUUUCCACAUCUGGGCUGGUCUGCAUGCGGAUGUCUCCACCAAAAUACACAAUCUGAAAGACGUCGUUGCACCCCUCCGAGCCAAGAUGGCGCAGGCUGCAAACGAGAAGAGACAUGCGGACAUGAUGCAAACGAGAGCGGAGCUGCAGCAACUCCACAGUGAUCAUGGCGUUAAGUUCUACAAGACAAUGAUCCCAUUCAUUCAGCUUCCUUUGGGUUUUGGCUGUUACAGAGUUGUCAAGGGAAUGACUUCCUUGCCAGUGCCCGGAUUGGCUGUGGAGUCUGUUGGCUGGAUCAAGGAUCUCACGGUUGCGGAUCCGUAUUUUCUGCUUCCAGCUGCUACAGCAUUUGCUAUGUAUCUGUCUUUUAAGAAAGGUGGAGAGAACGGUAUGAACCAAAUGGCGAACUCACCCGUCGGCAGAGCUGUUCUGUACGGAAUGCCUGCCCUUUCUUUUGCGUUCAUGUCCUUUUUCCCUAGUGCCCUUCAGCUUUAUUUCCUAUCGACCGGUUUGUUUGCUCUGGGGCAGGCGUACAUGCUUUCCUCUAACAGCUUCCGGCAAUUUGCCAACAUUGCCAUCCCCAAAAAGCCGGCAGAAGCUACCGGAAUGUCGCCAGAGGAGCAUGGCCGAGCGAUCCGCAUGAUCCUCGACACCCAGGAGGCGGAUAAAAAAAUGGAAGUGCCUACAGUAGAGGUGGGCCAGGCCCAGAACCUUAGCUUCGUCGACCGUACACUCAAUAGUGUCAAAAAGAAUUACGAUAAUCUUACAACUGAUGUGAAGGGAAAGCUAGACUCGGCGAUGGGCAAUGAGCCCAAGAAGAACGCAGACGGAUCACUGGCCGAACCCCCUCGGCUCAGCGAGAAGGACCGCAAAUUAGCGGCAGACUACGAACAGAGGAGGAAAGAAGAAGAAGACUGGAAACGGGAGGAGAGAAACCACGCGCGGCGAGAAGCCCACCUCAGAGCUCUGGAGCUUGAAAGAGAGAAGGCCCGUUCCGCAUUCAAAAACUCCAAGCAAAGGUGA